GAGCAGAAGUGUCAAUUUCACCAUCAACUGUUUGAGUCGAGAAAGUUGUCAAGAAAAUUGAAACUAAAGUAAAGAAAACUACGACAUUUGUUGACCAUUUGAUGGAGAGAGCUGCUCGUUGUGGCGCAAAAACCCGCUGUACGGUUUUACGGCCUGCCCUAAGAAAAUGCAGUGGGGAAAACCGCAACCAAAACCAAAUUAUCUAAUCUAGAAGUGCACCGUUUCAGGCGAAGAAAAUAGGAUAUGGGAACGGGCUCUCCCAACAUACUCUGGGGCUACAUGACGCUGCAGCGCAGGAACAUGUUCCAGGCGCGUCAUCAGGCCCUUACGAUUUCGGAGGCAGAAGCGGCGCAAUACGAGACGGACCAAGGCCUAGAAUCGAAUACACCCACCGGGAGAAUGAAUGUUCUUAAAACACAAGAGUGGUUGUACCAUACAGAAUGCCCCUGGAUAUGUACCUACCUCUAUAAAUUCAGGAUUCCGGUGCUGCAUACACUUUUCGCAUUGGUUGGAUAUUACCCUGGCAUUACGGAAAAAUCAUAUUGGAAUAGUAUUUAAGCUCUGCAGUGGAUGCAUUUCCAAUAAGUCCAUGAAAGUUCUAAUGAUGGUUUUAUUAUUGAACGAAAGAAAAGCCAAUAAUAUCUGACACGCCCGAAGAAAACACAUCCCAGACUGUUGCUACGGGGCUCACCAACAUGGAAACUUUCUCGUAUAUUUAUUAUGUCUUUGUAUGUACUGUAUACAUACUUAUUUUUACUUGUUUUUAUAUGCUGAGCAUAAGAUAAUACACAAAGAAAAUUGAAAUACGAA